CAGCCAGCCAGCUAGCUACGAAUACCGUCCUCUUCUUCGUCGCCCCCGUAUCAUCCCGUGUUACCUCCCGUUCCUCGCGCGUUCGUCCGUCGUCUCUUUUUGUUAGACGGAAACCGUCGAAAAGUAGUUUCGCGCGAUGUAGUUUCGAGCGCGAGCGAGCAGCACGCGAUCGGUGGUGGUUCCUUCAACAUGCUCCGGGACGCAGAACACGCGCGGUGAGAGGAAUCGAAGAAAAGAUUGAGAAAACACUCAAACACAUAUUUGUGAGUUAUCGAUCAAUGAUACUGUGAGGUUUUUCCAGCGAAUAAUCACGUUUCCUCUCUUUACUGGAGGAGAUAUAUUUUCAACUGUUACGAGUGCGCUUCGACGUCGUGUUAGACGAAUGGUUUGGUGAAAUGACGUUUUAUUGCGACGAGGACGAUCGCAAACUAUUUGACAACACAGUGCGUAGAUGAGGAACAGUGCGUCGUGUGUGUUUUCCGUGUUGGGAAAAGGCGUGUGACGAUAUGACGUGCGCUGUCACGGUAGACUGACGGCGCUGUCAUAGGCGCGACAGUGCACAAGACUAGACGGAGGGUGUAACGAAACGAAGAGGGAUAAACGGAGGCGUAGAAGAGAAAUUGCACACAGUGAUAAACGCGGUGACACGAAAAAGUACGCAAAAUGUUGAUUACUUACGUCACACGGAAGGAGGGUAGGUUGGGUUACAUCAGACUAGGACGACUGACAGCAAGGAAUUAAAGCGCGUCGAAUGGACGAUUUGUCGGCGGGAUUGGUAGGGAGCGGAUCCAUCUCGGUUGCGACGGGUGUUGGUAUUAUUGCCAACACGACAUCCGCCACCCCAGGGUGGUGGACGCCUACGUCGACGAUCACCUCGGCAGCGGCCAAUACCGACGUGAUGAAUCAGCUCUGUAGAGUUUGCGGAGAGCCGGCCGCGGGUUUUCACUUCGGGGCCUUCACGUGCGAAGGCUGCAAGUCCUUCUUCGGACGUACCUACAACAAUCUGGGCAGCAUCUCCGAGUGCAAGAAUGGCGGCGUCUGCGUGAUCAACAAAAAGAAUCGCACCGCCUGCAAGGCGUGUCGCUUGCGGAAGUGCCUGAUGGUGGGCAUGUCCAAGUCCGGCUCGCGUUACGGCCGGCGCUCCAAUUGGUUCAAGAUACACUGUCUGCUGCAAGAGCAGUCGCACCAGGCGCAAAAUCGCUUGAUCAAAGAUCCCAAGUCCGCGUACGAAAAGGCAUUCGGCCCGUUGGACGUUGCAAAUAACAACAACAACAACAACAACACCGAGAAUGUCAGUAAUACUAGCGCGGGCAACAUUGUUGGUAUCGUCACCACGGCGACCACCACGGCGAACAGUUACCAUCAUCACUUGCACCAUCAUCAUCCGGACCGAUUGCCCAAACGAGAGGACAGUGCGCUCAGGCCGCCGGACAUGCCAGUGCAGCUGAGAUCACCGGAAAUCCCACCGAGGACCAGUCAGGACGCGAUCCUCAGGCCCGGAGAUAUUCCGAGAGGUCCGCACGAACUGCUCAGGCCCGAAGUCUCGAGGUUUCCCAUGUGGCGAGGCCCGCCGUUGUUUCAUCCGGCGCUGACGCAUAUGCAGUUGCUGAACACGCCGUUUUUCCCGUUCCAACAGCGCUUUAUCGUACCUUACAUGAAUCAAGUGGGUCCGCCGCAGAUGGUCGCCGGCUUGUCGAGCUCGUCCAGCGAGAGUGUAAGUCCACGAUCGACACCAUCGCCGACGAAGAGAAGCGAAGAGAAUCGGGAGUGUCGCGAGAUCGAUCGCGACGUUGCUGAACGGGAUCGAUGCCCGAGGGGUGGGUCGAUAGAAGUCGCGUACGACAAGAGCGUGGCGUUCCUGCGAUCUCUCGGACCGGUACAAGAGGAACCGAUGGACCUCAGCAUGAAGGAGACACGAACAGACGGACAGGAGGUGGACGCCGGUAGCUUGGCAGAGGAGGAGGAGGAUAGAUCGAGCGGCAGCGAGGAAACCGAACUCCUGCAGGACACCGGUCCGCCUCUGGACCUCACCCGGAAGACAUGACCUCGGAUGCAAGACGGU